AUGGACACGCAGGACUGGACAGUGUCACUGGCAUUUGGUCUGCCUUUCUGGCUUAGUGUCAUCGACUCAACUGGUUGGACAUGGACGAACGGGCCCCUUCAUGUCGGUGGCGAUGGCACAACGACAUGCCUAUUAGACUCUACAGUAAGCGACGACAAGGGCUUCUCGACAGGGGGAGCGAUCGGCGUCGCCUUCGGCUCCCUCUUCCUCGGACUCCUUGUGGGCUUAGUGGGGGCGUUCUUCUUCUUCCGCCGGCGUGAACAGCGCUACGGCACCGGAGCAGUCGCACUCCGGCGCAAGUCUCUGGAGCCGCUCGACCCUUCCAUGCACGGCCUCACCCACCCAUCUUCCAGCGCUUCGAGCACCUUCCCAAGCCGCGGCGGCCCCCACGACAUCGAACCCUUCAUCCUCCCGCCCACUCCCGGCCUCGACGACUUCUCGCCAAACUCCACGACGGGGCUGUUCCCCCACCGCCGCUCGGCGCAAGCCACCACCUCGUCCUUGGGAUCAGAUCGCAACGACCCUUCGAGCCCCCGCCAUGAACACUCCUCGAGCCUAGGCACGCUCGGCGGCCAGCAGUCUCCCACCACGACCGUCACGCCCAGUGUCCGCUCGCCAGUCGCCCCCUCGCCUUCAGGUCAACAGGUGUAUGUCGUCCACCACGACGCGGGUCGUCCCCCACCCGUGACCGUGUUCACGUCUGACGGGACACAGGUGGUCGAGCUCCCGCCGCAGUACGAGUCCGCAGCGCAGUCUUCAAAUCCGCCGGGGCCGGGACGCCCGCCUCAGGCGCUGCCGCCGCCGCCGGAUGGGCAGAGAAGACAGCCACGGCCGCUGGUGGCAAAACAGGGACGGAUGCCCUCGAAUAGCGACCCUUCGCCGUCGAGGUCGUAG